CAAAAAGUUUGACAAACGAAAAAAUAAUGUUCCAAAAUUGACAGUAGUUGUUUGACACGCCGUCUCUCUGUUACAAGAUUUUAAAUAAAGUGAAAAAGUAUUGCAUUUAUUUAUAUUAGCUACUGGACAUUUAUAUUGUUGAAGAACGAAAUCACUUCAUUAAAUUGCAAGCAAAUUUUUAGGUAUUCGGUGUGUAAUUGUUAACAUGUCUGCGCUCAACGAAUAUGUUGGUCAGAAUGGAUCGUUGCUCCGCGCUGUCGCCGUCCACGCCUAGCAGCCGAGGCAUGGACAAGUACGAGCAGCUGGCAGUGGUUGGCGAAGGCUCGUACGGCGUGGUGCUGAAAUGCCGGCGCCGCGACACGGGCCAGCUCGUCGCCAUCAAGAAAUUUUUGGAGACUGAGGAGGAUGCCGCCGUCCGAAAGAUGGCGCUCAGGGAGAUACGGAUGCUCAAGAAGCUCCGUCACGACCACCUAGUGAACAUGAUAGAAGUGUUCCGCCGCAAGAGACGCUUCUACCUGGUGUUCGAGUACCUCGACCAUACGCUGCUGGACGAGCUGGAGGCGGCGCCAGGUGGACUGGGCGAGGACACUGCCAAGAAACACCUCUACCAACUCCUGAAGGGCAUUGACUAUUGUCAUCAGAAUUCUAUAAUCCACCGCGACGUGAAACCAGAGAACGUCCUGGUAUCGAACGCAGGUAUAGUGAAGCUGUGCGACCUUGGGUUCGCGCGCGCCCUGGCUGCGCCCGGCGAGCCCUACACGGAGUACGUCGCUACACGGUGGUACCGCGCUCCUGAACUACUCGUUGCAGAGCAUAGGUAUGGUCCCGAGGUAGACAUUUGGGCAAUAGGUUGCCUGUUCGCGGAGAUGUUGACUGGAGAUCCACUGUUCCCUGGAGACUCGGACAUCGACCAGCUCGCGCUCAUUAUUAAAACUGUCGGCAAGCUAGCCCCCCGGCACCAGCAAGUAGUGUCGCGCCUGGCGGGCGGCGCGGCGCUGUGCGGUGCGGGCGGCGCGGGCGGCGGGGCGCGCGGCGUGCUGCCGGGCGCGGGCGCGGCGCGCGACCUGCUGGCCGCCUGCCUGCGCACCGAGCCGCGCGCCAGACCCGCCGCGCAGGCGCUGCUCCGCCACAAAUACUUCAUUACAGAAAAUUUUGUUGAAAAUUUCAACGCUGAACUGAGGAAGAAACUGGGAAAAGAAAUUGAGGGUCCACCGUCGCAACAGAGCACUGCGCGCAUCGCAGGCAAACCCCGACAGCAGUGGACGCUCAACAUUAUACCGGACCAGAGCAGGUCGCGGACGGACAGCACGGCAGGCGAGUCGCUCAUUGACUACCAUUACACCCCCAAUACUGAAGUCCAAAUGGAGACAGGCGCGAUGGACAAGAAGCCCCUGCGCGGCAUUUGUGAACCUGCGCAUGACACCACACAUUCUGAGCCGGGCGGCGGGCAGCCGGCAGUGACGGCGCUGCCCCCCGCGGGCCGCCCCGCGCCGCCGCGGACUCUGGCGCGGGCCAUCAACGACACCUUCCAGACAUUCCCUGUGCCAGUGAACACGUACCCGAGAACGCCUUACAUAAAGAAGGUGAACAACAAGCUGGUGAUGGACGAGGAGUUGCUGCGCGGUCGCGCGGCCGCCAAGAAGGGCAGCAAGAAGGCCGCGCCCGAGCUGUCGCUGCCGUACAUGCCGGGCGGCAAGCAACACUGCAACGUCGCCCGCGCCGCAGGGAACAGAGCAUCGAACAGUCCAGUGAAGAAAGCGAAGAAGCCGCUCCCGGCGUACCAGACCAUGUCCAAAGCAUACGACAACUGGGACGGUAUUCGUAGCGGUAUGGAGCUGACAUCGUCCAGGUCACCGACAAACCUGCCCUACAUGUGACUGUACCGCAGCUACUGGUGGCCGAGCCACCGGUAACUAACACAAAGACUGCUACUAUAUCUGUGCGAAAUAACGUUACCGACAUUAAAUCUAUUGUGUACAGGAUUUAGAAUAGUUUGACCCAAGUUUUAUCUCAUUUCCUAAUUCAUUUACUCGAUUGUCCAUCGAUUAGGAAUUUCUUGUAAUCGAUUUCUAGUUUCAAGUUGAAUUUCAUGUAUUGAUACAUUCACAAUUAUAUUAUACAAUUGUGAGUUUAUCAUUAUCAAUAUGUGGAAAGUAAUUUUCUUAUAAAUAUUAUUAUAUAAUUACGUUUUACUAAAAUUAAUGAGUUGAAUAAAGUGUAAUUAAUCGAUUAACUUCCAUUCCUAAUCGAUUUCAUUAAUUAUAAUAUUGUUUAGCUAUAAAAUGGGGCUAUAUGUUAUUAGAUUACUAUUUCUGUUAAUUUAUAAAUUGUUUUAUAAACAGUUGGUUGGGUGAUCACAUCAUUAUGUCACAAAUAGACAUGCCAAAGGGAUUUUUAGAGGAUAGAAUUUUGUUAUUUUGACGAGUUUAGCCGCCACGGAGAGCGGCGGCCGGGGCGUUGUUUGUAAAUAUGUAUAGUGUUACAUUUUAUUACACGCAAUAUUAUUAAUAAACACUUUAUUAAAAA